AUGAAGAAAGUAAAAGACGGUAAGAAAGCAAAAGAGGUAACUAUCUCUGUGACAGGUCUGCUGGUGACAGGUCUGCUGGUGACAGGUCUGUAUGUGACAGGUCUGCUGGUGUCCGGUCUGCUGGUGACAGGUCUGCUGGUGACAUGUCUACUAGUGACCGGUCUGAUGGUGACAAGUCUGCUUGUGACAGGUCUGCUGGUGACAGGUCUACUAGUGACAGGUCUGAUGGUGACAAGUCUGCUGGUGACAGGUCUGUAUGUGACAGGUCUGCAGGUGACAGGUCUGUAUGUGACAAGUCUGCUGGUGACAGGUCUGUAUGUGACAGGUCUGCUGGUGACAGGUCUGUAUGUGACAAGUCUGCAGGUGACAGGUCUGUAUGUGACAAGUCUACAGGUGACAGGUCUGUAUGUGACAAGUCUGCUGGUGACAGGUCUGUAUGUGACAAGUCUGCAGGUGACAAGUCUGCAGGUGACAAGUCUGCUGGUGACAGGUCUGUAUGUGACAGGUCUGUAUGUGACAGGUCUGCUGGUGACAGGUCUGUAUGUGACAAGUCUGCAGGUGACAGGUCUGCUGGUGACAGGUCUGUAUGUGACAGGUCUAAUGGUGACAGGUCUGUAUGUGACAAGUCUGCACGUAACAGGUCUGCUGGUGACAAGUCUGCAGGUGACAGGUGGCAGGUCUGCUGGUGACAGGGGACAGGUCUGCUGGUGA